GGUGCAUUGCUGGACAAGGGAGAAUGAAGAACCUGCAGACAAGAAGAGGUCAAUUAGACUUAAGGUGUACAGAAGGGCUGAACAGGAUGCGAAGAACAGUGCUGGGGAUGGGCCAUGGGAGUAGCUGUACUGGCGCCAAUCGAUAGGAGACGAGUGCUGAUUCGAGUACAGAACAGAACGCGAAGGCUGUCGGGUGCUCCAUUGCAGCCCAGGUGCGUGUGAUGGACUCAUGCAGAUAGAUUAUCGCUGGAUGGAUGACCUUGUUAUGUCAUUUGCUUAUUUCUCCCGUUGGUUGACUUGGUUCCAAUGUUUCCUGGCCGAGACCCUUCCUGACCCUCAGCCUAGGGCAAUACCUGAUCGACAUUCACACCAAUGGAAAACCAACAUUCUUACCCGUAAUAUGCGAAUCUCUUCACUUAUUAAUCUUCAUUUGCAAAUUCGCGAGACUGACUGCCCAAAGUUCCUUGACAUCCAAGACUUUGACCCCGCGAUUCGAAGCCAAAAUGUCCGGAGGCGGGGGAAGGCGAGGGGGGAAUCUCGUUCUUCUCCUCCGUGGAAGUGUCCAGCCUCCAAUUUCCUUGCAAUGCUCAGCCAACAGCUAAUCUUCCACCCUGGUUUCUCCGCAUUGUUCUGUUCCCGUCUAUCAAUCAAUUUCAUCCGUUCCAUUCCCCCAUACUCCAUAGACCGUAUACGUUCGGACGGACUGCGCGGAAAAGCCCGUGGAAUAUCUCCUGAUUCUCGGCCCCUCAUGCCCUUCCUGCAGCCAUCCCGGCCAACCUACCAGUCCGCUAUUAAUUUAUGCAAGCCCCGGUCCUCGACGGGCGACCAUUUUGACUUCGGGACCAGACAUCUGGGCACUCUACUUCCGCACCCCGAGCAGGGAAUGCGUACUGGUUGGAGGGGUCAUCCGACUCUGUGCUGCCAACAUGUCCUUUCGUUCACGGAGCCGUUGUGUGAGAUGGAAACACGAGUCCCCACAUGCUCGAGCUAGGUCAGGCCCGAUUUUCCAGAUUACAAUGUGGUUGGUCAUUAAAAACAAUGUACGUUGCUGGUGAGUCUGGUGUAUCCAGGUCGGGUGUCGCAAAGACGGCCUCGA